AUGUCAGGAGCGGUCAGUACGAUUGAGAAGCACUCGCAACGCCAGCAUUCAAGGACUCCAAGUCUUGGCUCACGACCGCUGUUUAAUCAGACGUCGGAUCCCAUUGAGCGGCUCUCCACGCCCCGAAGUCUUCGUCGAACCCCAAGAUUUGACGCACCUCCCACUCCAGCACCUGAGCCUCGCAAAGUCCAUAUCGCAGCUGCCUCUCUCGGUUUUGAACCCAAGGCGACCCUCGCACCCGUUGACAACCUACCGGAGAACCAUCCCACUGUAUUGGGACUUAUCCCCGUUCGUUCAGCGCCGCAUCAAACUCACCGCCCCCGCCGACGGCUCUCACAGGACCUGACUGAAGAUCCCGACGAGGUGUCUUCUGAGCAUCCCCAAUCCCCCCCGAGACAGACUCCUUCCGUACCUGCAAACUAUCCAGAACCACACCCCGUGGUUAAGAUCUCCAAGCAUACCCACAGCGCCAUCCUCUUUGCACUCGAGGAGGCGCUGCGCAGCCCCAAUCCUUUCACUCCAGAUCUCGAAGAGGAAUCUGCAAGCAUGGCCGAUCUUAUGGCUUCUGGAGGCAUGCCUCCAGUCUCCAAUGGUAAGCCAGCUGCCUCUCCAUUCCGCCCUGGCGCAACUCCUGGUCAAACUGGCUCACCCUCUGGUAUCAGAGGCCCAAGGAUGAUCAUGCAGGAGCGCGCAGCUCGGGAAGCGCGCCAACGUGCCGAGGCAGAGGCGCAACAGCGCGAGAGAGCUGAGCAGGAGGCGCGCAUUUUGGAGCAGGCUCGGAGAGCAGAGGAACAGCGUAGAUCUGCUGGCGUUGCUGCUGGGCAGGUUCCUGACGCAGAAGCGCGCCAACCCAUGAACCCCCAGCGUCAGGCGCAAGCCGUUCCUGAUAACACAUCAGCCCGUCCCAGGGCAAACACUACAUCACAAGUACCAGCUAGCCGGCCCGGGCGAUCUGGCACUACCAAUCAACCACCUCCCCAAACUUUUACGGGCCCAACUCCCGGAAACCAACCAAAUUUUGCUGCACAGGGCACUGAGAGCGGAAACCAAGGGGGUGCCAGUGGCUCAAAGACCCGAAAUUCUUUUCCUCAUGCGUUUGAGCGAUGGGAGACGUUAUCUGCGCACUGGGAAGGACUUACCAGCUACUGGAUCCGCAAGCUUGAACAAAAUAAGGAUGAGUUGAAUCGGGAUCCCUUGAAUCAACAGCUCGCGCGCCAGGUGACAGAUCUAUCUGCGGCCGGAGCCAAUCUAUUUCAUGCCGUUGUUGAGCUUCAGCGUCUUCGUGCAAGUUCGGAGCGAAAAUUCCAGCGAUGGUUCUUCGAAACUCGAACUGAAUUGGAGCGCGCGCAAGAAGUCAAUGCCAUGUUGGAGGCUGCCCUGGAUCAAGAACGUCGAGGCCGAGCAGAUGCUAUCCGAGAAGCUGUCGAGAAUGAGCGAGGAACUUCUAAAGCUCAGAAACAGCUUGCUGAGAUGCGCAAGGAGCUGUCCAUCUCUAAAGAGGAGGCGCGUCGUGCAUGGGAGGAAUUGGGGCGACGUGAGCAGGAGGAACGUGACAGAACGCUAUCUCUUCAGUCAGGACAGCCUACUAUUGUUGGAGGCGUACAAGUGGUUCCAAUGACACAUGGCGGUCCAAGCAGACAUCAAAGCAGCCGAGCUCAAGGGGCUUAUCAGACUGAGUAUGGAGCUAGUUACCCGCCUGAGGCGACUUCCUCUCCCCAGACUCAGCCUCCAACAACAAGUGCUGGCGAAUAUCGUCAACAGGGUGGUGGCCUUCAAGCACCAGUAUCAGAGGGUGGUUACAGCGAAGGUGAGUACGUGAUUGAUGCAAAUGGCAACUUCCUGUUGGAUGCCCAAGGAAAUAAGAUUCCCUUCGCUGGACCACCUUCUACAUAUUCCGGUUCUGAUGCUGAAGCAGAAGAGUAUGCAACGCCCGCUACCACCAAUCCACCAAGCGGUAAACAAGACUCUCCUUCCACCUCUACUGGAGGAGGAGGCAGUGGAGGGAGCGGAGGCCAAUGGACUGGCGCAUACUCAGACCCCCAAGACUAUUCCGGCCAAGGCUAUGGGACUCCUGGCUGGGAGACAGUCCCUCGCCAUCACCAUCCUACCCGGCUGAGUGAUGUCAUGGAAGAGGAGGAUGAACGCAGCCGAGCCAGUACGAGCCGUGUAUAG